CGGAUGAGGAGGGGAAAAGCGGGGGAAAAGAGGGAAAAGAGCCGGGAGAGAGGUGGGAGAGGACGAGGGCGAGGGCACGGCCGGGCUCCUAGCCGGCCAAAGGAGGCUCGCGGAAGCAGCAGCCGCCGCCCGACCGCAGCUGAAUUCUGAAGAUUGGUCCAAGGGACUGUGUUAAUUUCAGGAAUUGAUUUGAAAGACAUUGGCUCUGCCUCUUAACAGCCAUGUAACCUUGGGUCUCCCCCACUUUUUACAGUUUGCCUUCUGCCACUUUGUGCUUUUUUGGGGCGGUGGGGGAGAGAGAGCACAAGAGGGGAAGUGGGGAAGAGAGAGAGAGAAUCCAUGCUGAACAUGGAGCCUGACACAGGACCCAAUCUCACAACCCUGGGAUCAUGACCUGAACCAAAAUCAAGAGUCAGACGCUCAACCAACUGAGCCACCCAGCGAGCCAUUAAUAGAGGCAGCACGUAACCCAAGCAGCAAGCGUGGCCCCACCAAGCUCCUUUCCUGCCCAGGAACUGUACUCGGAAUCUCUGCACCAAGGCGCCAGAGCUUUGAACUGUGUCUAUAUGGAAGAAAGCAGCAGUGUUGCCAUGUUGGUGCCAGAUAUUGGGGAACAGGAAGCUAUAUUGACUGCUGAAACUGUCAUCAGUUCAUCACUGGAAAUUGAUGAACAAAGAAAAGUUAAAACAGAUCCAUUGAUCCAUGUUAUCCAGAAGUUAAGCAAGAUAGUAGAACAUGAAAAGUCACAAAAAUGUCUUUUGAUCGGGAAAAAACGCUCACGUUCAAGUGCUGCAACACACUCUCUUGAAACCCAAGAACUUUGUGAGAUUCCAGCUAAAGUAACCCAGUCCCCUGCUGGGAUCAGAAGGGCUGAGAUGUCUCAGAUACAUUUUACCCCUGGCUCUCUUGCCCAGAACGAUGGGAAGACUAUGUCUUACCAGUGUAGCCUUUGCAAGUUUCUGUCAUCAUCGUUUUCUGUGUUAAAAGAUCAUAUCAAGCAGCAUGGUCAGCAAAAUGAAGUGAUAUUAAUGUGCUCAGAGUGCCACAUUACAUCUAAAAGCCAAGAGGAACUUGAAGCUCACGUGGUAAACGACCACGAAAACGAUGCCAACAGUCACACUCAAUCCAAAGCCCAGCAGUGUGUAAGCCCUUCCAACUCUUUGUGUCAGAGGCCCACAGAAAGAAACCAUGAAACCAUUUCUGAUGUCCAAGUGAGUGUGGACAGUGCACAAACGCACGCUGCCCAAAACGCACCCAUGGCAGAAAUGGGUAAGAGGAAAUGGUAUGCGUAUGAACAGUAUGGCAUGUACCGAUGCUUGUUUUGUAGUUACACCUGUGGCCAGCAGAGAAUGUUGAAAACACAUGCUUGGAAACAUGCUGGGGAGGUUGACUGCUCCUAUCCGAUCUUUGAAAAUGAAAAUGAGCCCCUAGGCCUGCUGGAUUCUUCAGUGGCUGCUGAACCUGGUGGGGUGGAUGCAGUCGUAAUUGCUAUUGGAGACAACGAACUGAGUAUCCACAAUGGGCCUUCAGUACAAGUACAGAUUUGCAGCUCAGAACCGUUAUCCUCUUCGUCUCCUUUAGGACAGAGUGCAGAAGGUGGAGUUCAUCUGACUCAGUCAGUUACCCUUGACCCCAGUGAGGAAGAGAUGCUAGAGGUGAUAUCUGAUGUGGAGGAGAACCUGAUCGCUGAUAGUCUGCUUUCAUCCGCACAGAAAAUCAUUAGUAGUAGUCCAAAUAAAAAAGGUCACGUUAACGUGAUAGUAGAACGUUUGCCAAGUGCUGAAGAAACUCUUUCACAGAAACAUUUCCUCAUGAAUGCUGAAAUCGAAGAGGGAAAAAACCUGAGCCCGACAGAAUCCCAGAUUGGGGGUGAAGGAAGAGAUGAAGUUUAUCAUGCUGAUAAAUGUACUGUUGAUAUUGGGGGGCUGAUCAUAGGCUGGAGCAAUCCAGAGAAGAAAGACAGUGAGUUAAUAACCAAAGGACUGGCUACUGAUGAGAAUGCCCCACCAGGCCGAAGAAGGACAAAUUCUGAGUCUCUCCGACUACACUCGUUAGCUGCAGAAGCCCUCGUCACAAUGCCCAUAAGAGCCGCAGAACUGACAAGGGCCAACCUUGGGCACUACGGGAAUAUAAACCUUUUAGAUCCAGAUACCGGACAAAGGCAAGUGGACAGUACGUUGGCGGCUUAUUCUAAAAUGAUGUCGCCACUUAAAAACUCUUCAGAUGGAUUAACUGGUUUUGACCAAAGCAACUCUACGUUGGUAGCACUCCCAGAGGGUAGGCAGGAGUUGUCAGAUGGGCAAGUGAAGACGGGUAUCAGCAUGUCCUUACUGACUGUGAUCGAAAAGUUGAGGGAAAGGACAGACCAAAAUGCUUCCGACGAUGACAUUUUGAAAGAGCUGCAGGACAACGCCCAGUGCCAACCCAACAGUGACGCAGGUUUAUCGGGAAGCAACGUGGUGGAAUACAUCCCUAAUGCUGAUCGACCCUACCGCUGCCGCCUGUGUCACUACGCAAGUGGUAACAAGGGCUACAUCAAGCAGCACUUGCGGGUCCAUCGACAGAGACAGCCCUAUCAGUGUCCUAUCUGUGAGCACAUAGCUGACGACAGCAAAGAUUUGGAGAACCACAUGAUCAACCACUGCAAAACAAGAAUAUACCAGUGCAAGCAGUGUGAAGAGUCGUUUCAUUAUAAGAGUCAACUGAGGAACCAUGAGAGAGAGCAACACAGCCUUCCAGAUACCUUGUCAGUAGCAGCUUCUAAUGAGUCAAGAAUUUCCAGUGAUACAGCUGAUGGAAAAGGUGUUCAAGAAGGGAGUAAGUCUUCAGUACAGAAACAGUAUAGAUGUGACGUGUGCGAUUAUACAAGUACAACCUACGUUGGUGUCAGAAACCACCGGCGAAUCCAUAACUCUGACAAGCCAUACAGAUGUUCUCUGUGUGGGUACGUGUGCAGCCAUCCUCCUUCUUUGAAGUCUCACAUGUGGAAGCAUGCAAGUGACCAGAAUUACAACUACGAACAAGUAAACAAGGCUAUCAAUGAUGCCAUUUCACAGAGCGGCAGAGUUCUGGGGAGAUCCCCUGGAAAGAUGCUCUUAAACAGCAGUGAGGACAGAGCCGAUCGAGCCGAUCCUGUCACUGGAAGUUCUGAAAACUUGGUGUCAGCCUCAGAGCUGAUUUCCCAGGCCCCUGGCGAAGUUGUAGGUUCCAACGACAACGAGAAACUGAGCCCUACGAGUAAUACCUCAUACAGUUUAGAAAAAAACUCCAGUUUGGCCCCUCCUGGCAUGGAGUAUUGUGUUUUACUCUUCUGUUGUUGUAUUUGCGGUUUUGAAUCUACCAGCAAAGAAAAUCUCUUGGAUCAUAUGAAAGAGCAUGAGGGUGAGAUCGUAAACAUCAUCCUAAGUAAGGACCACAACACAACUCUAAACACAAAUUAGAUUGAAUAACUCCUUGAAGAGGGACACGGUAGAAGAGAAACCCUUUAAACCACAGGUUCACCUUUGCGCUAUCAAAUAACUUACUAGACACAGAAGAAAUAGUUGGUGUGGGGUUUUUGUUUGCUUGUUUGUUUGUUUUGAGGAAAAGACAGAUGUGACUUUGGAAUCAAAUUUGCAGUGUAAUAAAAAGAAUUCCAAAUGGAUAAGUGGGAAUGCUAUUCAAGUAUCGUGAGUGAGGGAAGGUAGGUUGAGGAGGAAGCAAAAAUGUAACCCUGUGUUUGCCCUGUCACCUCUGCUUAGUGGUGGGUGUAUUUAUUAUUCAAAGCUUAAUGUAGUGUAGAAAUGCAAACAAAAGAGUUAAACAGCUUUUCCGGAACUUCUAAAACUUCUUGUUCCAAAGGUGUCACAUCUUAAGCAGAGCUUAGUUCUCUUUGUUGUGAACUCGGACACGCCAGCUUUGGAGGGCCGGGCCUCUCAUGAGGGGCGGGAGGCAGCUCUCUGAGGGCUUUUCACUGUGACCAGCAGAGUCAACAAGGAAAAGAUCACCAGAGGGCUGUGAAAUGAUCUACCCAAAUCUUUUCCCAAAUCGAUAGGAAUGAAUCAUAUACUCAAUCUAGGAUAUAUUUCUCCCUAAAACAGAAAGAGACCUCUGAAUCCAAAUCUAGAUUGUAAAUAGGCAUUUAAGAAGUAAAUUGUUGUCUUAAAUUUACAGUGAAUGUCUUGUGGGCAAAGGAGAAAAUAGGUGAAUUCCCACCAGCCUCAAACCAAAUUGCAAGGUGUGUGAAAACGGGGACUCAUUUAGCACAGCGCCCUUCCCAGAGGCCCUUUCCAGGUUUGACGGAACACCGCACUUUUCUCCGUAGUUACACAGGCUGACCCUCUCUUGUGAACUAGACCAAGUGUCUCAUCUCAAAGGUCUGUUCAAGCAGCCAAGUGUGAAGAUUGGCAUUUGAUCAUCAGACCUCGGAAAUCUUUGGAACUCUUAAAUAAAAAUCAUUUGAGGGACAAGAGGUGAAAUUCAGAGGCCCCUUAAAAUGAGUACUGCUAUUGAAGAUUUUACUGCCUGGAGUUUAUUAAUCUAGUUAUACUUAGCAUAAGAGGUAUAAUCAAAUGUGGCUAAACUAUAGUAAAAAUUCAGGUUGUUUAUAAAACUUUUAAUAACAGGCAAUUUGGCGCAAGUCUACAGGGUUUCUCCUAUCUAGGAUGUUCCAUUUUGUUAGUGUGCAAUAGGACAUAUGGACAACCAACUACAAGUGCUUUUGCAUUAAAACUCGCCAUCAAAUACAUGUAAUCUUCUCAUUAAUUACACAUUUUGUAUUAUAAUGUAUUUCAAAGUGAAGAGAACAGGGGUGGUUUUGGUUUUGCUUCUGUAGUACUGAUCAUUUAUUUUUGUGUUGUUUUGUUGAAGUAAAUUCUGCAUACAAGUCAAAGGCUGGUGCACCGAGCAGUGCACUAUCUUCAUGGUGCUCUUUCUGAACUUGAUCUCUAACAUGUUCUAGAGCUGAGGCUGUGAGUCUGAUAAGUUUAGAAGACAUUGAUUACUUUGUAGACACAUUUUAGGAAAGAAUUCCCUUCCCCAAGUCCAGGUAUGGACUGAAUGAAUUAAUAUUUUUAAGAUAGCAUCAGGAACUAUUACUUGGGGCCAGGCCAUCUUGAAACAUUGUUCAGUUUUUUUCUACAUCUUAUUUUGAUGAUGAUAUUUAAGCAAACAGAAUCGAUUGUAAUUGCCAGCUGUUUGAUUUAGGUAGCUUUAUUUAUGAGAGUUAAUCCGUUUCUGAUAGGUGGUUUUUAAAAACAUAAAAUGAAUUUAUAUAUACCAAUUAUAUAUAUUAUCCAAAUUCACUGCAUGUGGAUUUAUGUUCAUUUUCUCCUGUUUUCAGAAUUAAAAGACAAUUCUAUUUCAUUUCAUGUUUAAGUAAAUAUUUUAAAUGGUUCCAUUCUUACCGCUCAUUCUGAAAAUUAACAACCCUUAUUAGCAGAAUUUUGUUUUAUAAAGGUUCCUUGGUUUUAAUUUCAUGUAAUCGUUUGGAAAAUACUAAUAACCAAAAAAAAAAAACAAA